AUGCUCAUCACCCUUCUGUCGUGUCUUGUUAGGAAUGAGCAACUGCGAACUUUUCAGUAUUCCCCUGAAGGCUCUAUGAUCGCAUAUUUACUGCCGACCUGCAUCCGCAUUCAAUCUGUAUCAACAUUGCAAGUCAUUGUAGAAUUACCUAUAAAUAAUGCAUUGGAAAUUGAAUUCUCACCAAAGGGUACAUAUAUAUCAACAUGGGAGAGAAUGGUUCGAACAGAGGACGGCGAAACUCAACACAAAAACCUCAUCAUAUGGGAAUCUGCAACUGGCAAACAGAUUGCGUCAUUUCCUCAGAAGGCUCAGACAGGAUGGAAUAUUCAAUGGACUGAAACAGAGUCUUUCUUCGUGAGACUCGUCUCGAACGAAGUCCACGUAUAUUCUCCAACAAACGCAAUGACGCUCGCUGAAAAGAUACGGCUCGAGAAUCUAUCGGCCUUUUCCAUCUCACCGGGCAAACGAGCCAUAUUAGCUACAUUUGUACCAGAAAAGAAAGGUGCUCCUGCUACUGUACAGUUGUGGGAAGUCGGUCUGGGUUUGGGCUCGAAUCAAAAACCUUUGUCUACAAAGAGCUUUUUUAGAGCAGACACUUGUACAUUUUACUGGAAUCGACUAGGAACGAAUGUUAUCGUAUUCACACACACGGAUGUAGAUGCUACAGGUCAAUCAUACUAUGGUGAAACUCAAUUGUAUUAUCUAUCAGUAGCAGGAACAUAUGAAGCACGAGUAGAUCUUGGUAAACCAGGUCCUAUACACGAUGUAGCAUGGUCGCCCAAUUCCAAAGAAUUCGUCGUAGUAUACGGAACCAUGCCAGCCCGAGCUACCUUGUUUGAUCAUAAAGCAACCCCCGUAUAUCAAUUUGGCAGUGGCCCACGUAAUUUUGUCAAGUAUUCACCGGGAGGCCGUAUUAUAUGUAUCGCAGGUUUUGGUAACUUGUCUGGCGAAAUGGAAUUUUGGGAUCGAAAGACGUGUAUGAAGGUAUCCACUGUGCAGGCCUCCAACUCUUCAGCAUGUGAAUGGGCUCCUGAUGGUCGACAUGUCAUGACUUCGACAUUGUACAAGAGACUCAAAGUAGACAAUGGAGUAAAGAUUUGGCAUUAUACUGGUGUCUUGGUGCACAAGCAUGAAGUCAAGGAGCUGCAUCAUUCGGCUUGGAGACCGUUGCCUAUGGGUAUAUGGGACGAAGGAGGCGCCCUUGAUGCUGCACCUGUUGGGAUACCGGUUGAAGCAUCUACACCAGUCAAGAAGGUCGGAGCUUAUCGGCCACCAGGAGCUCGAGCUGCAGGAGAAACUACUUCGACCUUCAAUGCACUGCUGAAUCAUGAACGAGAGUCGCCGUCAUCAUCUGUAGAUUCCAAUCUACACCGAAAUCCAAUUACUGCAGUAGGAGCUCCUCCACCUCCCAUCGACGACAAGUUGCUAUCAAAAGCAGCUCUGAAGAAUAAGAAGAAGCGAGAAAAUAAAAAGGCUCAUAGUAGUGAAGACCCUACUUCACCUGCUUCGCCGAAUCUCACAAACGGAAACGCAGCAAGCAGCACUCUAUCUCCUUCAGCACCUCCCUUCACUCCUGCAUCAGAUAAGGACCCUGAACUUGAAAAGAAGAUCAAGAAUGUCAACAAGAAGCUGGCAGGUAUUGCAGAGAUCCGUGACAAGAUCAAGUACGGAGAGAAGGUUGAGAAGAAUCAAAUGAGCAAACUAGAAGACGAAGACGCUCUAAGGGCGCAAUUACAAACCUUAAUUUCACAGAGGCAGCAAUAA